UAAAUACCGUACGAGCAUCUUUUCCUUCGAACCGUCCCACAAAUCUCACAAAUCGACCUCUCUUCAUUAUUUUUUGAAGCACAAGUCUAGAGCAACCUUUCAAUCGUCGACACUUGUUAGAAGAUCAUCACCAUCAUCAUCAUGGGAUCCUGUGUCAGCACCACCAGCAACAACAAGAAAAGCAGCAAGAACCAGAUCGUCGUGGUGGAAGACCAGCAGAAGAAUCGCAAGCUCUUGAACAAUCGAGUGGAUGUGGUCGAAAAGGCGCAACCAACGGCUCCCGUACGCAAAUACGCCGAAAACAACACUGUUGCUGGUGAUCAAGAAGAAGCUCUCUUUGAAGAUCCAUCGGGUCCUCCCGCCAUUUCCAUUUUCCCAUCCUCUCCUGCGAGCGUCAGUGCUGGUUCUCCCGAAAUGAACGUCGAAAUGAAGUUGUCGUCGCCCAAGCCACAGUAGAAGGAUCGCCAACGGUCGUCUCGAUCAUCCUCGGUCGACCAAUGUGGAUUGCAGACAAACAAGACGUUGACGAGGAAUCCAACAUGAGAAAGAUCACGAUGGUUGUGCCUUCGAGCGCGUUUCCUUGGGACGCCGCCGAACCAAAACCAACGCCAAAUCAUGCAGCAAAUGACAAAAACAGGAUGCAAAGCAAAAACAGCGUUUGUUUCACAAAAGAAUACAGUAGACUAAAGUACCGGUAAAACUAAAGAACUAAACAUCCGAAACCUAAAACAUG